CUUGUUUCAGGCGCAUUUCCCGAACCCCCCUAUAGGCCAGGCACACGUGUGACUAGUUCUCUUUCGCCGGCCAUCUUGAACCAACGAAAAUGGCAGCGCGCCCUGUCAUCACAGUAUUUAACGAGAAUGGGGAGAGUGCAGGACAAACCACCCUGCCCGCCGUCUUCAAGGCACCCAUCAGACCUGAUUUAGUGAACUUUGUUCACUCCAACAUUGCCAAGAACAAGCGCCAGCCUUAUGCCGUCAACAAACUGGCAGGUCACCAGACUUCUGCCGAGUCCUGGGGUACUGGACGUGCUGUUGCUAGGAUCCCCCGUGUCCGAGGUGGUGGAACCCAUCGCUCCGGCCAGGGUGCCUUUGGUAACAUGUGCCGGGGUGGACGCAUGUUUGCGCCCACUAAAACCUGGCGCAAGUGGCAUACUAAGGUCAAUGUUCAGCAGCGCAGGUUUGCUGUGUGCUCUGCUCUAGCCGCCUCUGCUCUACCUGCUCUCAUCAUGGCCCGUGGUCACCGUAUUGAGAAGAUUGCUGAGGUUCCUCUGGUGAUUUCUGAUGCCAUUGAGUCUGUUACCAAGACCAGCGCAGCUGUCAAGCUGUUGAAGGCUGUCAAUGCCUAUGAAGAUGUGGAAAAGUGCAUUGACUCCAAGAAGAUUCGUGCUGGCAAGGGUAAAAUGCGCAACCGCAGAACUGUCAUGCGCAAGGGUCCUCUUAUCAUCUACAACAAUGACCAAGGCCUCCGCCAAGCUUUCCGCAACCUCCCUGGAGUUGAACUGCAACAUGUUGACCGACUCAACCUCCUUAAGCUCUGUCCUGGAGGUCACCUUGGCAGGUUCAUCAUCUGGUCGCAAGGAGCUUUCGAGAAACUUGAUGCCAUCUAUGGGACCUGGAAAAAGGCAUCAACCGAGAAGGCAAACUUCAAUCUCCCACGACCAAUAAUGCUCAACUCCGACCUCACUCGUCUCAUCAACAGUGAAGAAAUCCAGUCGGUCAUUAGGCCAAUGAAGCCUAAGGCUCGAAGGGCAAUCCACAAGAAGAAUCCGCUCAAGAACCUCGGCACCAUGUUACGCCUCAACCCGUACGCAAAGAGCGCCAAGCGCGCCGAGAUGCUGACGGUCGAAAGGAGGAGAGCAGCUAAAGAAGCAGCGCUUGCCAAGAAGAGGGGCAAAUAGAUUCCCCCGGUGCAAAAUAUAAUAAUUGAGCAAUAAAAUGCUUAGUACAGAAA